GAGAGGUGCCCCAUGAAUCUUCUUAAGUAUCAAGGCAUUCAAAGAAUGAAAUUUAUUCAAUAAGAAGGGAUUGAGUUUGGCAAGCAAUUCAGUUCUGUCGUAGAAGUUCUAAAGGACGCAGGACUUCUGUCUCUCUGUAAGGAUGCGGCAGUUUACAGCGCUAAUGCUUUGGUCUCUAUGCAUUGUUGUGCUGCAACUUUGUCGUCAGGCGCACAGUCAUGGCAAGAUGACGUCACCAGAGCAGAGAGACCCCAGAAACACUGGUGUCAACUGCGGGGGACUGUGGUAUCAGACGCAGAAUGGUGGUAGAUGUGGAGUGUGCGGUGACCCAGUGGGAGGGCCUUUCAAACACGAGACCCCAGGUGCGAUUGUGAAGACGUACCAACAGGGAGAGACAUUCAACGUUACACUUGUUAUAACGGCAAAGCACAAAGGUUGGCACGAGUUUCGAAUCUGCGACAACAAGUUCAGGGUGACCCACGAGUGCAUGAAUAAAAACCUUUUACAAAUACCACUAAAAGAUGACACGUUAGUCACUCGCAUCUUUGAGCCAGAUGACAGACGUUUCGUCAGCUCAACUAUGUACCCGUUCGAGGACAGUAGGGCCACUUUAGUGAUACCGGUCAAGUUACCGCCAGAUCUGACCUGUGACCAUUGUGUGUUCCAGUGGAAGUGGCACUGCGGUAAUAACUUCUGGAGAGACAUAGACAAUGUACCCCAGGAGGAGUUUUUCGGNGGGGGACUGUGGUAUCAGACGCAGAAUGGUGGUAGAUGUGGAGUGUGCGGUGACCCAGUGGGAGGGCCUUUCAAACACGAGACCCCAGGUGCGAUUGUGAAGACGUACCAACAGGGAGAGACAUUCAACGUUACACUUGUUAUAACGGCAAAGCACAAAGGUUGGCACGAGUUUCGAAUCUGCGACAACAAGUUCAGGGUGACCCACGAGUGCAUGAAUAAAAACCUUUUACAAAUACCACUAAAAGAUGACACGUUAGUCACUCGCAUCUUUGAGCCAGAUGACAGACGUUUCGUCAGCUCAACUAUGUACCCGUUCGAGGACAGUAGGGCCACUUUAGUGAUACCGGUCAAGUUACCGCCAGAUCUGACCUGUGACCAUUGUGUGUUCCAGUGGAAGUGGCACUGCGGUAAUAACUUCUGGAGAGACAUAGACAAUGUACCCCAGGAGGAGUUUUUCGGUUGCGCCGAUAUCAGAAUAGAGGGCCCUGCGACCACCUUACGGCCUUCGUCGACCCCACCUCCACCUUUACCAACUCUUCAACCAGGGGAACCAAAACCAGGUACCAUGAAGGUUGGCUGUUGGUUCACCAAUUGGGCACAGCAUAGAGCAGGGGGCGGACGAUUUGGACCACAGGACAUAAAUCCUUAUGUGUGUACGCAUAUAUUUUAUGCUUUCGCCAAGGUGCAAUGGGACGGCAGAGCUUUCACAUUAAGGCAGACAGAACCGAACGACCCAGACAACAUGGAGCAGGUCGUGAAACUAAAACUCCGUAACAAAGACCUGAAGGUUCUUCUGGCAGUCGGUGGAUGGAGCCAUUCGUUAAAGGUCUUUAACGAAAUGUCAAAAACAUCUGAAACCAGAAGAAAAUUCUUGACCAACGCGAUCGCAUUUCUACUCCAGUAUGGCUUCGAUGGAUUGGAUUACGACUGGGAGUACCCCGGAGACGUCGAUCGCGGAAGUCCUCCGGAGACAAAGCAAUAUUUUGCUGAUUUGGUCAAGGAAACAAGAUUGCGUUUCCAAGAGGAGGCCGCUAAUACGGGCAAGGAAAGGUUACUUGUCACAGCUUCUGUUGGAGUGACUGAUGAAGUUAUUGCCGAGGGCUACGACAUUCCAGUGAUGAGCAGAUACCUUGAUUGGACAAACCUGAUGACCUUUGACCUGCAUGGGGCGUGGGAUGGUAUCCUGGGACACCACUCAGCUUUGUUCUCAAAGUCAGGCCGCCUGGCUACUCUUAACAUUGACUCUAUCGUCAAGAACUGGAUAGGGAAAGGCUACGAGCCUAGCCGACUGCUCCUUGGCGUCGCCACAUACGGCCGAACCUUCACCAUGUCUCAAACGAACGCACACCACCCUGGGGACUCGGCCAUUGCCCCUGGGGCCGCGGGGCCGUACACCAACAUGAAUGGGAUACUCGGAUACAAUGAGAUGUGUGUGGUGGGCGGCUGGGACGAGUCAUUUGACUAUGAAACCAUGGUCCCCCACGCCUACAACCCUGACACGAGGCAGUGGGUUGGCUACGAUAACCAAGAAAGCAUCGCACUUAAGGCUCAAUACGCUUGUAACACGGGUCUCGGGGGGAUGCACGUCUGGGCCUUGGACAUGGACGACUUCAACGGCGCCUCUUGCAGGGGAGGAAAGUACCCUCUUCUGACCGCCGCCUUAAUUGCCUUGAAAUGCAAGCGACCCGAGCCUACCACGACCACAACUCCAAGACCAACUACUACGACUACGAUUACAACUACGACCACAACUCCUAAACCUACCACUACGACUAUGACUACGACCACGACAAAGGCAACCACGAAAAAACCUACAGGGAAAAUCUGUAAAACCCAGUGGGGCUACUAUUCUCACCCGACCGACCCCAACAAGUUCUAUCAGUGUAACUGGGGGAAUGCCAUAUUAAAGCGGUGUGGCCCAGGGACCGUGUGGUGUGGCCGAUACUGUGGAUGGUCGUGGAGUUGCCCAGGGGUGGUGGGCCGUUGAACAAUCCAGGCCAUCCCGUGUAAAAUCUGUAAAGUAUAUACGACACAAUGCCCGGAGGAAAACGUCAAGUCCACAAUUUUUUAAAGAACGACGUUAUACUCAACAUCAUUUGCUAAAUAUGGGGAAUAUAAAAAUAAAUAAAGAAUGUUUUAACUGGUUUUAUCAUGCUCUUUAAUCCAUGCAUCUGGUUCUGUAUAAAUACCGUAAGAGUAUCGGUCCCGCUUUUUAGAAAGUAAAUUGAUUGUUUGGACUCAGUUGAGACUGCUUAAGGGGAAUGGAAAACUAAUCAAAGUUUUAUACCCUUCUACGAUUACUUAAUCCAUGAGAAAUUAAUAUUUCAACAGGCUUUAAACUUGUCACUUUGAGUAAAGCCAACUACUUUGAAAUUUUUCAUUAAGGCUUACAGUUUUAAAAAAUGAAACAUUUCAAGGCAAUCAACAAUUAAGAUUAUUUUUGAAGCAAUAAAACUACCAUGGAUGAGUUA